AUGAGCUUAUGGUGCGCUCCACGGACAACAGAGGCAUUCGAAGUGACGAAGGGGGUGAAGCAGCUUUGCGUUCUCACACCUACCCUCUUCGGUCUCAUGUUCUCUGCCAUGCUGAUGGACGCCUACCGCGACGAACGUCCACCAAAAUUCGCAUCGCCUACAGGAUGGGCGGCCAACGCCUCAAUCCUGUAGGCGGGUGCACUUCCAGCCGCGUGUAUCCACUGCUACCACCCAAAGACUUCUCUUCGCCUACGACUGUGAAGCCAACACUACGACUGAAGAAGAGAUGCAACGAAGCAUGGAUCUCUAUGCCUCCGACUGUGCCCACUUCGGACCGACCAUCAACACAUACCGGCCGGUGGUCACGCAUCGAACACAACCCAACGCUGAGUACAGUGCCGCUUGUAUCCGCGUCAGCGACAACGAACUGAAAACCGUGGAUAACUUCAACUACCUAGGCAGCAAAGUUUCACGCUGCAUCAGAAUCGAUGGCAAAGUCAGCUAA